AUGUAUCCCACCAUGCUUCCCACACCACCACCGUCUCCCGUUCCCAGGUGUUUUACUCCAGAGGACCGAUUAGGAUUUAUCUUGGCCAACCGUCUGGAACUCACUGGCAUCCUGGGUGUCGGUGCCUAUGGAGUCGUCUAUACUGCCGUGGACAUUCACACCAACAUUUCUUAUGCUGUCAAGGCACUUAGCAAAUCUGGGCUGGAUCCCCGACAACUAAAGUACCAACAACGAGAGAUUCGUUUGCACCAUUUGGCCAGCCAACACCCCAAUGUUGUCUCCUUGGUUCGCAUAAUGGAUUCCGUGGAUUGCACUUACGUUGUCAUGGAAUACUGCCCGGAGGGUGAUUUGUUCUCCAGUAUCACUGACAAGGGAAACUUCGUCUCCAAUGACCCAUUGGUGAAGAGUGUGUUCUUGCAAUUACUGGAUGCCGUACAGUUCUGCCAUUCCAUUGGGAUUUACCACCGGGAUCUUAAGCCUGAGAACGUCUUAGUGACGGACCAAGGCAUGACUGUUAAAUUGGCCGACUUCGGCUUGGCCACUACGGAUUACAUUACCUCGGAUUUCGGAUGCGGUUCCACCUUUUACAUGUCGCCUGAAUGUCAACAGACCAACCCUCGACCCAUGUCUUGUUACGCUUCCGCCGCCAAUGAUGUCUGGAGCCUGGGUGUCAUGCUCGUGAACCUGACCUGCGGUCGCAACCCAUGGAAGCGGGCCUCGGUCGAAGAUUCCACAUUCCGGGCAUACCUCAAGGAUCCUUUCUUCCUUAAAUCUAUUCUGCCCUUGUCCACGGAGAUGGUCUGUAUUCUCAGCCGCGUGUUUGACCGCGACCCUGCCAAGAGGAUAACCAUCCCGGAACUCCGCCAACUGAUCGUGGAUUGCCCCCGUUUUACCGAACAACCCCCCGUGGCCUCCUGGGUGCCGGACCAGAUUCCGCAGGCCGACUACCUGGUCCAGCCCCAGCAGAUCCCCUUCGCCCCCCUGGAACCCCUUCAUGCCCAACAGUCCGGAUCCUCAUCGGAUUCUUCACAGUAUUCCGAUUUCUCCGACUCGGCUAUCUCUGAUACUUCCGCCUUGACCGAAGACUAUGGCGACUACGCCGAUUAUAACUGCAUGUCGCCUAUGAUCUCGCAACAAGUGCAGGUUCCGGACUGCAAGGUUGUUUUCCCCCAUCCCAUCUGCGUGGACCAAGGCAUACCCGCGGAUACCUUCACCACGGGAGCGCCCAUUAUGGUCUAUUAA